UUUCUCAACAAGACUAUUUUCGGCUUUCAUCAGUAUUUUCAAUAUUUUUGUUCAUAAAACACCUCCAAAAUGAAUGUUGUACUCGCUGUAAAGCAGUAUGUGACGAAAAUGAUAGAAGACAGUGGUCCAGGCAUGAAGGUGCUGCUAAUGGACAAAGAUACGACGAGUAUUGUGAGCAUGGUAUAUGCUCAAUCGGAAAUCCUCCAGAAGGAAGUGUAUCUCUUUGAGAGGAUUGAUGCUGGUGGGAGAGAGACCAUGAAACAUCUCAAGUGUAUUGCUUAUGUACGGCCAACAAAAGAAAAUGUGGAGCUCCUUGCCAGUGAACUGAGGUCUCCAAAAUAUGGCCUCUAUUAUAUUUACUUUAGUAACGUGAUCAGUAAACAAGAAGUGAAGACCCUGGCCGAGGCCGAUGAUCAGGAGGUUGUGCGAGAGGUUCAGGAAUUCUACGGAGAUUACGUUGCUGUCAGUCCACAUCUGUUUUCCUUCAAUAUCAUUGGCUGCUCAAGAACCAAGAGCUGGACACCAACAGCAUUGACAAGAACAGUGCAGGGGGUCACAUCAGUCUUGUUGUCUCUGAAGAAAUGUCCAAUGAUCCGAUACCAAAAUUCAUCAGAGAUGGCCAAACGGUUUGCAGAGAAUGUUCGGCAAGUAAUAGCGAAAGAAGCUGCGUUGUUUGACUUCCGAAAGACAGAUGUGGCUCCGGUGCUUCUCAUCCUGGACAGACGAGAUGACGCAGUUACUCCCUUACUCAAUCAGUGGACGUACCAAGCAAUGGUCCAUGAGACUCUCAGUAUCAACAACAACCGUAUCAACCUGUCUGGAGUGCCUGGGGUUCAGAGGGACCUUCAAGAGGUCGUCCUCUCAUCUGAACAUGAUGAAUUCUAUGCAAAUAACAUGUACUCGAACUUCGGUGAGAUCGGUGCAAACAUCAAAGGUCUCAUGGAGGAGUUCCAGAGAAAGUCCAAAGGUCAAGCAAAGGUCGAGUCGAUUGCAGAUAUGAAGGCAUUUGUUGAGAACUACCCACAGUUCAAGAAGAUGUCGGGGACCGUGUCCAAACACGUGACUGUGGUCGGUGAACUCUCCAGGCUCGUAGGCAACCACAACCUGCUGGAGGUAUCUGAGGCGGAGCAAGAGCUCGCUUGUCAGAACGAUCACUCGCAGUCAUUACAGAAAAUCCGAUCUUUGAUCGCGAGCGAGAAGACGCGUGAGCUUGACAUGGUUCGCCUCGUGAUGCUCUACGCCUUGAGGUAUGAGAAACAUAGUAACAACGACGUGUGUGGUCUUGUUGAUGCUCUCGCUCGCAGGGGCGUCAGCGAAAAAUAUAGAAAGAUGAUCCAUUCCAUACUAGAGUAUGGGGGCCAGAAAGCGAGAGGCAGUGAUCUAUUUGGCACCAAGACACCUAUUGGCAUCACCAAGAAGCUAUUCAAAGGACUUAAGGGCGUCGAGAACAUCUAUACUCAGCAUAACCCAUACGUUGUGGAGGUCGUAGACCAGCUCAUCAAAGGCAAACUACGCGAAGCAGCCUACCCGUAUCUGGGCACAGUUCAGUUGAAAGACAGGCCUCAAGAUAUUGUCGUGUUCAUUAUUGGUGGCACCACCUAUGAGGAGUCACUUGCCAUCUACACCAUGAACAAAUCAAACCCUGGCGUCAGAGUCGUUCUCGGAGGAACACAUAUACACAAUCUCAAAAGCUUUAUGGAGGAAAUCACCGCAGCGACACAACAUCCGACGACGACGCGCUCGGGAAGCAGGGCAGGCCAAAUCUACUGAUCGCACCAUCAUCUUAUGCAGGAAGCCAACAAAGCACUCUACCAGGGUGCUUACAGGGAUAUGUUGACUAACCCAAACGAGAGAUAGACUAUAUAACGCGUCUACAGAGCUGACGUUGGUAUCAUACGAGGGGGUUUUCUCUGACUGGUAGCAAGAUCUUAAAGCAGGAGAUUUUCUUGUCCAGGCCAAGGGGUGCUGCAAUCUAUUGACAGGUGCUGAUAUCAUUGUGUUGCCAAGUUCCGCACUGAAGUGAGUUUUACAGAAUAUUAAAUUGCGUAUUGUAAGCCCUGAUACUUUUCCAAUCAAAAGUUCUCAAAUACAUAUAUGAUAUCAUAUUCAGCGUGACUUUCUCAAAAAUUAGCAGUUAACUUGCAAUUUUAAAGCUUUUUGUGGUUCUUGUGGAAAAGUAAAGGGUUUAGUUAGUGAGUUUUGAUUCAAGCUCAGUAGCUCAACUGAGGGUAUUCAGGAGGUGUCAUUUUAAACAGCCUGUAUGGAUGUUAAGCAGAUUAUUGGUGGAACCGUGUGGUCAGCAAAGGUUCGCAGUAAUUUCCCUUUCUAUAAGUAUCCUUAAGUAUUCUGGGGGGGGGGGGGGCAAUGAGGGUGCUCUUUAAGUCACAUUUGGUGGAACUGUGUGGUCAGCAAAGGUUCGCAGUAAUUUCACCUUCUUUAAGUCACAUUUGGGGGAACUGUGUGGUCAGCAAAGGUUCGCAGUAAUUUCACCUUCUUUAAGUCACAUUUGGUAGAACUGUGUGGUCAGCAAAGGUUCGCAGUAAUUUCACCUUCUUUAAGUCACAUUUGGUAGAACUGUGUGGUCAGCAAAGGUUCGCAGUAAUUUCACCUUCUUUAAGUCACAUUUGGUAGAACUGUGUGGUCAGCAAAGGUUCGCAGUAAUUUCACCUUCUUUAAGUCACAUUUGGUGGAACUGUGUGGUCAGCAAAGGUUCGCAGUAAUUUCACCUUCUUUAAGUCACAUUUGGUGGAACUGUGUGGUCAGCAAAGGUUCGCAGUAAUUUCACCUUCUUUAAGUCACAUUUGGUGGAACUGUGUGGUCAGCAAAGGUUCGCAGUAAUUUCACCUUCUUUAAGUCACAUUUGGUAGAACUGUGUGGUCAGCAAAGGUUCGCAGUAAUUUCACCUUCUUUAAGUCACAUUUGGUGGAACUGUGUGGUCAGCAAAGGUUCGCAGUAAUUUCACCUUCUUUAAGUCACAUUUGGUGGAACUGUGUGGUCAGCAAAGGUUCGCAGUAAUUUCACCUUCUUUAAGUCACAUUUGGUGGAACUGCGUGGUCAGCAAAGGUUCGCAGUAAUUUCACCUUCUUUAAGUCACAUUUGGUAGAACUGCGUGGUCAGCAAAGGUUCGCAGUAAUUUCACCUUCUUUAAGUCACAUUUGGUAGAACUGUGUGGUCAGCAAAGGUUCGCAGUAAUUUCACCUUCUUUAAGUCACAUUUGGUAGAACUGUGUGGUCAGCAAAGGUUCGCAGUAAUUUCACCUUCUUUAAGUCACAUUUGGUAGAACUGUGUGGUCAGCAAAGGUUCGCAGUAAUUUCACCUUCUUUAAGUCACAUUUGGUAGAACUGUGUGGUCAGCAAAGGUUCACAGUAAUUUCACCUUCUUUAAGUCACAUUUGGUAGAACUGUGUGGUCAGCAAAGGUUCGCAGUAAUUUCACCUUCUUUAAGUCACAUUUGGUAGAACUGUGUGGUCAGCAAAGGUUCGCAGUAAUUUCGCCUUCUUUGUUGCUAAGUAUCCUGGGGGAGGAGAGGGAAGGGGGGGGUCAUCUAGGGUGCUGUAGAGUUGAGGAGAGGGAAAUGGGGAAUGUUGUUUUUAGGGUGUUGGACAUAUAAUUGGUGCUACAGGCAGGUUGUGAUAUUGACUUCGUACUGUACUCAAAGACGUUAAUGUUUGCAUUUUAGUCUGUGUUCUGAGGGGUAUUGGGGUGAUAUGUACAGGGGGAACUCAGUGUUCUGUGGGGGAUUGGGGUGA